AUGAUACCUUCACCUGUUCCAAAUGAAUUGCAGAAUUUAACUCAGAUUGAAGAAAUGUUAAUUGCUCGUGCUUUACCUAUCAUGAGAGUUUAUAUUAAACUUGGUGGUCAACGAGGUUAUUCAGGGCAUUGUAUUAACUUGCCAGAAAAUGUCACAGAACUUGCAACAUCUUUGCCAAGAUACCCCAAAGAAAUAGCUGUCAUUAUUGUCAAAGUAAAAGGUAAAGAUAAGACGUUCAGAGAUGUGACAGUGCGAAAGCAAAAAGUGCACAAUGCCUUAGUUUGGCUUAUCAAUAAUAAUCCACAUUAUUCUAAGUUAACAAUUAAUGAAGAAGCAUUAAAUUCAUUACCUGAGAAUGGUGUACCACCAGAUCUCAUGACUGUUGAGACUGAUGAUGAUAUAGUCUCUGACGACAAUUGUUCUCCCGAUGCAGGUCCUCCUACUGAUAACCCAUCAGAGGAUAUUGUUUAUAAUGACUCUACUGAAAUGAGUAGUUUUUUACCUGUUGGCGAACGACAACAACAGGAAAUUGAAGCUGUUAGAAAUCAGCUUUCUGAAAAUGAGCCAAUGCCGUGGCCCUCAGUUGAAAAUGAACCAUUAAAUGAGUAUCAGGUAUCACAUCUGGCCACAAUGGCUUUCCCAACUUUAUUUCCAGAUGGGAAAGGUGAUCCUACUAAUCAAGGACUUCUGAGAGAUGUCCCUCUUCAGGAACGAAUAAAGCAUCUAAUAAAAUUUGCUGAAAUUAUUGAUGGUGAAUGGGUAUACCGCUUUGCUAACCACCCCAGGUUUUCAUAUUGGGCAUUUAAUAUGAUUCAAAGAAAACGAAUUUUACAACAAAGUGGAAUAUUCCUCAAACAGAACCCAGGUGAAGCUCAUCUCACAAUUGAUGAACUGCGUGAAAUGGCUGCCAGUAACAAUGCUAAUAUAUUUAUGUCUAAAGUGUCGAGAUAUGUUGGCAAUAUUGCAGGUACUAAUGCUUACUGGAAUAGAGUAAGAGAGGAACUCAAAGCUAUCAUAACUAGUGUUGGAGCACCAACAUUAUUUUUCACUUUCUCCUCUGCAGACAUCCAUUGGCCUGAAUUACAUGCUUUAUUUAAAGCUGAUACUGAUAAUGAGUUAGGUCACUCUACCAGUGAUGUAAGAUGA